CCUCAGCACAUCGGUUCCCAAAGGGCUUAAGUUAUCUGAACAUCGGGAAUCUAGGGUCAGUUUCCAAGCCUGUGGCGGGAUUCGAAAAGGACCGGAAAGUAAAACUUCCGCGGAAGCCCGCACGACCCUGUGUGGUCUGGUCCUCCUGAGGACCGCAACCUCUCAGUCUCGCCCCAAGGGCAACGGUUCGGGCAGGUUCGUCAUUUCCACGGAAGAUCCCGAGGUCCCUAGUACAGCCGGUUUCCGUGGUCACCCGUCUAAAGCCGGAUGCGCUUUGGGAGCUUCAGCCUAGGCCUGCAAGGCGCUCGAUUUCCCCCCAAAGAGUCUAACUAUGGCGGCCUGGAAGAGCCACCCGCAGGUGUCUCUGACCUUUGAAGAUGUAGCCGUGGCUUUCACCCAGGAGGAGUGGGGGCAGCUGGACCCUGCUCAGAAGACUCUGUACCAAGAGGUGAUGCUGGAAAUCUCUGGGUUCCUGGUGUCUCUGGGGUGUCCUGUUCCCGCACUGAAGCUACUGGAACAAGGGCAGGAACCAUGGGCAGUGGCAAAGUCCCUCUCCCAAAGCACUUGUUCAGGUGACAGUGGAAAACCCACGGCCAUAGGACCUACCACUUGUAAGGCACAGCUGUCUGAGGCCACCUCAUUCCAGGGCCAGUCAGCACCAAGAACCUCAAGAGGCUUGCAGUGGGUGCCAACCAAAGGCCACGAUGAUGCAUCGGAAGUUCAGGAAAGGCCCUUUAUACAAGAGACAGAGGGCCAGGAGGAGAAGCUUCCUGAGAAAAUGAGCCCUAUACUAGAUGAUGUAGGGACAGCUGAGGAAUUGUGUCCAAUGCUCAUACAGGAGGAAGAGGAAAUGGUCUUCAAAUGCAGAGACUGUGGGAAGGCGUUUAGUAAGAAAAACCUUCUUGCUUCACAUGAGAAAAUCCACUCUGGAGUGAAGCCCUAUGAGUGUACAGAAUGUGGGAAGACCUUCAUAAAGAGCACCCAUCUCCUUCAGCACCAGAUGAUCCACACUGGGGAGAGGCCCUACGAGUGUCUGGAAUGUGGGAAGGCCUUCAACCGCAAGUCCUACCUUUCCCAGCACCAGCGGAUCCACAGUGGGGAGAAGCCGUAUACGUGCAGCGAGUGUGGGAAGGCCUUCACACACCGCUCUAAUUUUGUCUUGCACGGCAGGAGACACACUGGAGAGAAAUCCUUCGCGUGUACAGAAUGUGGACAAGUCUUUCGACACAGGGGUGGUUUCCUAAGGCACUGUGUCAGUCAUGGUGGAGAGGACCCGUACGAGUGCUUUGAGUGCAGACAGGUCUUUAAGCACAGGUCCUACCUCAUGUGGCACCAGCAAACGCACACUGGGAAGAAACCAUACGAGUGCAGUGAGUGUGGGAAAGUCUUCCUGGAGAGCGCAGCUCUGGUCCACCACUAUGUGGUCCACACUGGGGAGAAGCCCUUUGAGUGCCUCGAGUGUGGCAAGGCCUUCAACCACAGGUCCUACCUCAAGAGGCACCAGCGCAUUCACACUGGGGAGAAGCCGUUUGUGUGCAGCGAGUGUGGGAAAGCCUUCACCCACUGCUCUACUUUCAUCUUGCAUAAAAGAGCCCACACUGGCGAGAAGCCCUUUGAGUGCCAAGAAUGUGGGAAAGCCUUUAGCAAUCGGAAAGACCUCAUUCGCCACUUCAGCAUCCACACUGGGGAGAGGCCCUAUGAGUGUGCCGAGUGCGGGAAGGCCUUUGCCCUCAUGUCUGGUCUUACGAGGCACAAGCGGAUUCAUAGUGGGGAGAAACCUUUUGAAUGUAUUGAGUGUGGGAAAUCCUUCUACUGGAGCACAAACCUCAUUCGCCACGCCAUCAUCCACACUGGGGAGAAGCCGUAUAAGUGCAGUGACUGUGGGAAGGCCUUCAGCCGCAGCUCUUCCCUCGCUCAGCAUCAAAAAAUGCACAGUGAGAGAAACCGUGCCAGUGUGUCGCAUGAGGGACCUCUCACAACCAUGCACACCUCAGUUACCCUCCAAGAACUCCUUCUAGGCAAAGACUUCUUAAGUGUAACCUCUGAGGGAGAUCUUUUGUCACAAGAAACAAAUUCCUCAGCAUCUGAUUGUUUAUACCAAAGAGAAACUCCACAAGUGUCUUGAUUAUAAAGAGAGAGUAAAAAGCUCCUGUUGCAGAAUCUUCUCCAUCAUCCGAAGACCAACAUCAGCAGCAGACCCAGUUUAUAGCCGUAUUUUUCACCUGAAAGUUCACCCAGGAAAGAGACCCAUGGUUUGGGGCUUUGGAAUUUUGUUUUGUUUUCUUAUAGGAAAAGCUUCAGCCUCAUCUCUUUCCUUGUUUACACUGCAGUGUUAGCUCAGGAAUUGGUUUACAGAGGAACAGAUGUAAACAAAAAUAAAAACAGGUCUCUUCAGACCUCCCUGCCAAAUCUCUGACACUUCAUUAUUGAUUCCUUAGCUUAUUUGGAGUUAAGUGGGUGUUUCAGAGGUACAAGGCCUUCCGCCCUUUUUGUGCCUUAUGUAUUCAUUUGUUGCUGUUCAGUUACUACAGGAGUUAGCUGGGAACAAGCCUGUAAAUGUGUGUAUGUUUUUGUGUCCUAAGAUAAUUUCUUUAUUCUUAAGAUCUGUAGCUUUUAUGAAGGGGCAUUUGAGUCAUGAAAAUAUUUCCUAUUUAAGGGAAUGAGGAUCCAUAACUUUCCUAAGUAUGUCUGUACUUUUGAAAAUUCCAAUAGUUUUUUUUUUCCUUUACCAAGAUGUGUCUUACUAUGUGUGUUUGUGCUUGUGUGUGUAAGCUUAACUGCUGAGCCAUCUCUACCCCGUAAUCACAUGAAUACACAGCGUCCUCAUAGCAUACAGCUGAAAUUUUUGCCCUUUUUUAUGGGAUACAAAUCAUAAAGCCUGUGUUUUCAGCUGACUCAGACAUUUCUCAGGGUAAAACAAAAUGCUGUGGGGGUGGGGAACUCUUGUGAGAUAGCUCAGUGGUUCAGAGCAAUUCUAGAAGAUAAUGUCCCCUCUCCCAGCAAAGCUUGUCCUCAGGGCUAGGGACAUCAUUUAGGGGUUAAUUGUUACUUGUAUAGGGUUGGGAGUUGGGGUGGAAAUUGUGUCAGCCCAGAGAUCUCCUUGAAAAAAAAAAGAGGAAAAAUUGGAUGGGAUAAUAGGUAGAUUAGUAUGAACUUACACUAAAAAUACUGAGUAACAGAGUGAACACUUGUAAACUAUUAUUUAUGGACAAUUUACGUUCGUAUAGAUUUAUGUUUAUAUUGAUACAAGUUCAAAUUAUAUUUGUGCUCCUAUUUCUGUUUACAAUA